UAAGAGAACCUUGUAAUAGCUAGGCCGAAACCACCCAGAUGGAUUUUGGGGGGAUUAGGGCGGUUUCCAUAGCCAUUGUAGGCGGUUUUGCUGCUCUGGUAGGUUUGCUGAAGAGGAUGAACGUGUGGUUUUAUGAAACCGGUUUGGGAGAGAAGCGGUAUUCUCUCCCACCAGGUGAUCUGGGCUGGCCUUUGAUUGGGAACAUGUGGGCUUUUCUCAGGGCUUUCAAAACAGGUUACCCAGAUGCCUUCAUUUCCAGCUUUGUUAAGAGAUUCAGCCGCACAGGCAUUUACAAGGCGUUCAUGUUCGGAAGCCCGACGGUUCUGGUCACAAUCCCAGAAACCUGCAAGCAAGUCUUAAUGGACGACGACCAUUUCGUGCCUGGUUGGCCGGAAUCGACGCACAAGCUCAUUGGAAGGAAAUCAUUUGUGGGCCUCUCCCAUGAAGAACACCAUUGGAUUCGCAAGCUAACGGCUGCACCCGUCAACGGCCACGAAGCAUUGUCUGUCUAUCUAGGGUACAUCGAAAUUGCGGUGGUAUCGGCAUUGGAGAAAUGGGCUGGGAUGGGCCAGAUCGAGUUCUUGACGGAGCUUCGAAGGCUUACUUUCAGAAUAAUCACGUAUAUAUUUCUAAGUUCGGAGGGAGAUCCAGUGAUGGAGGAUCUAGAAAGAGAAUACACAGAUCUCAACUUUGGUGUAAGAGCUAUGGCCAUCAACCUUCCUGGUUUUGCUUACUAUAGAGCACUCAAGGCACGAAAGAAAUUGGUUGCAAUCCUUCAAUCCGUUCUCAAUGAGAGAAGAGAAAAGAAGGCAAGAAAUGUACAUCAAGCAAAGAAGGACAUGAUGGAUGCCCUGAUAGAGGUCAAAGACGAGAACGGUCAGGGAUUGGACGACGAAGGGAUCAUCGAUGUUCUCAUCAUGUACUUGAAUGCUGGCCAUGAAUCGUCCGGCCAUAUCGCAACGUGGGCCACAGUCCUCCUUCAAGAACACCCAGAAUUUCUCGAAAAAGCCAAGGCAGAGCAAGAGGAGAUAAUAAGGAACAGACCACCUACACAGAAAGGAUUAUCACUUAAGGAAGUUAGACGAAUGGACUAUCUUUCCAAGGUGAUUGAUGAGACUUUACGUUUGGUUAAUUUCUCAACGAUGGUAUUCCGAGAGGCGACCUCCGAUGUCAAUAUCAGUGGUUAUACAAUACCCAAGGGCUGGAAAGUUCAGGUCUGGUUUAGGAAUGUUCACAUGGACCCAGAAGUGUAUCCUGACCCAAAGGAAUUCAAUCCAGAUAGAUGGGAUGUAUAUACACCCAAGGCAGGAGCUUUCAUUCCCUUUGGAGCAGGAAGCAGGUUAUGCCCUGGAAAUGAUCUUGCCAAGAUGGAGAUCUCUAUUUUCCUCCAUUAUUUUCUCCUUGGUUAUCAGCUCAAGCGGUUGAACCCCAAAUGCCCAUCGAGAUGCUUACCCCAUCCGCGGCCCAUCGACAAUUGCCUUGCAACAAUCACAAAGCUCCCCAAAACCAUCUUCAUAGAAGAAUAAAACCUAAGAAUUAUUUAUACAUGUUUCAAUUUGCUUACAAUAAAAGUGCUUUUUAAGUGAAUCUAGACUUACCCAUUUCAGUGCUUCUCAAUAAGAGCUACAAUGGGCUGAUUAUCAAUUCAUUUUGAUGCUCUGUGAACUGUUUAAGGCUGUGUUUGCUUGGGUUGUGAGAAAAACAUUUCACCAUUUUUUGGGA